CCCCAUAUACCACUACAUCGCCAAGAAAUAUUAAGCGGCGUCGUUGAUCGAGUAACACUAAUCUGUACACUUAAAAAGAAAAGCUGGGAACUUUUUUGCCGUUUGGGUUUCACACACUUUAAAUGCUUUUUACUCCCUUCUUGCAUGCCACUUUCGUAACAUCUUCCAAAGAAAAGGAAAAGAGCAAUGCCUUCCUUCUUUAAUCAGUUACUCGCUCCAUUCAAUCGUCGAAGGCGCAAAGUCACCACCAAAGCCGUUGAUCAUAACAACAGCGACAACCACAAUAACGCAAGUCGUUCAACCCCACUUUCUCCUCCUCAACCUGAGACGGCUCCAGUACUAGUAUACACAACAGCGCAGCAGCAGCGACAGCAAGAACAAGCAACUGUUGUCUUUUCAGAUCAACCAAGGACCAGCAUUACGAGUAGUAGCAGUGUUAUUGUCGAAAGUUUGGAGUUUAAAGCGUCGCAAGAGCUGGCGCUUUCACUCGACAACUGGAACGAUCCGUCUGCUGUGAAGCCGUCAUUCCCUGCGUUUGAAUACUUGCUCCAUCAACAAGAAGAAAAGGAACAAGAGCGACAAGGGCCGCGCAGAUCUUUUCGGCGUUUGCCACGCCCUCUUUCGCUGUACAGGUCGAAUAAUAAGAAGUCACCAAAAAUGGCUCGCUCAACUCCCAAUCUCAAGCAGCAGCAAUGAAAAGAAGGAAAAAGCUUCUUCAACCUCCCCAGUGUUUAUCGUUUGAUACCUUGUAUACCCCCGUUCUUAAAUAUCUUACUGUAUUAUACUUACUUACACACACUUCCUGCUACUUGUAUUUUUU